AUGUUUAAUUCAAGUACCGUUUUGCCAGCAAAAGUACCACCAAAUUUGGUUAGGCCACUAGCUUAUAGAAUUCUAUCAAAAAAGCAUGGUUUAAAUAUUAAAUCCAAUGGUCUUAAUGAGUUAAGCAAAAAUAUUGGUAUCUAUUUCGGAAUGGAUUGGAAACGAAAUCCCAAAAUGUUCGAAUUCUUGGAAAUAUUUGCUCAAGUUUGGAAAGAACAAGAAAGGGGGUUAUUUGUAGACGAUGUUGGUGUUAAAGGUGUCAUAACAGAAAUGAAAGAAAGAGAAAAAGUAGAAUUGAAUAGAUUAGAUGUUCAAAAAAAUUCUAGACAAAAAAAUGUGCUAAACAUGUUAGAUUUAGGUCCAAGAGGCAAUGAUAUGGAUAUAGAUCAAGAUGACAAUGAAAUGCCCUUACAAAAUACAUCUUUACCUUCACUCCCAAUAGAUAUGGAUUCACAAGAUACAAUAAACAUUACUCAAGAGCCUCAAGAAUCCCAAGAAUCUAGAGAGCCUAUACAAUCGUUGGAAGAUCAAGCCACUGAGUUAGAUUGGCAAGAUUAUUUUAAGCUAAUUGGUGCUUGGGAUCAACAAAAGUUCACUUAUGACCCAAUAAAAUCUCAAUUUAGAUAUUCACAAUCACAAAAAAAGAAAAUCCUACCCAAUAUUGAAGAUAAAUUAAAUCUAUUCAAGACAAGAUAUAACCUAACAAAAGAUAGAGUGUUGAGAAAUGAAGAUUUCCAAAAUGUAGAUACUUUUAAUCCUUUAAGUUCAAUAGUGGCAAUGAAUAAUGAAUUAAAUCAACAGAGUACAAAUGCAAUAGAUAAUAAUGUCAGUAUAACUCCAAUUAAGAAUUUAAUUGGUCAAGAUGGAAGGAAUUUCUUAAUCAUGGGUAUGAUUUAUAAAUCACCAAGGGGUAGAUGGUGUAUGGAAGAUGCAUCUGGUAGUAUAGAAAUAAAUAUAUCUCAAACAAUUCCUACUGAUGGGACUUAUUAUGUCCCUGGGUGUAUUGUAAUAGCUGAGGGGAUUUAUUUUAGUGCAGGUGAUACAUUCCAUGUUACUUCAAUGACACAACCUCCGGGAGAAAAAAGAUUAAAUACAUUGGAAGCCAUUGGUAAUUUAGAUUUAUUAGGGGUUCAUGGACAAUCAAAUGUAAAUUAUAUCAGUAGAUUAGAUAAUGAAUUGAAAAUCCGGUUACAUUAUUUAGAAAGAGAAUUGACCGAUAAUAUUUUUGUUAUACUUGGUGGAGAUUUGUUUCUUGAUGAAUUAAAGACUUUUGAUGCGUUGAAAAAAAUUUUUGAAAAAUUAAAUGAAGAUCCACCAAUUGUGUUAAUCUUAUUAGGUUCAUUCUCUCAAAAACCGAUUUUUGCUACUAUGAAUAAUCAUAGAAUAAGUUCUAGUGAACAAUAUAAAAAUAAUUUUGAUACUUUAGCCACAUUAUUAACUCAAUUUGAAAAUUUAAUUGCAACUACAACCUUUAUAUUUAUUCCAGGUGUCAAUGAUCCUUGGGGUUCUAGUGUUUCAUUGGGAUCAUCUACUACUUUACCACAAAGGAAUAUACCAGAGGAAUACCAAUCAAAGAUUAAUAGGAUUUGUAAAAAAACAUAUUGGGGGACUAAUCCCAUGCGAUUAGCAUAUUUAUCACAAGAAAUCAUCAUAAUGAGGGAUGAUCUUAGGGAUAGAUUCAAAAGACACAAUAUUGAAUUUCCUAUUGUAGUGGAGAAACAAAUAAAGGAACAGGAAUUGAGUAUUGAUAAAAGUGAUGAUGAUAUUCCGAUAGAUAAAUUACCUUCACAUUUAAAAGAAUCACGUAAGAUAGUGAAAACGCUACUUGAUCAAGGCCAUCUUUCACCAUUCUUAAUGAAUAUUAGACCUAUUGUAUGGGAUUUGGAUUUUUGUUUAAAUAUGUAUCCAAUUCCAUCAUUAUUAAUAUUAAGUGACUCAUCUUGUGAUAAGUUUGAUGUCACAUAUAACGGUUGUAAAGUAAUUAAUAGUGGCACUUUUAUCAAUAACAGACGAGCCAGGUAUAUUGAAUACAGCCCUUCAUUACGUCGUAGUAUAGAACAAGAAAUCAAUUUUUAA